CUUUCUUUCUUGAACAGAAAUAGAGCAAGCCACAUCCUCAAGCAGUCACUUGACGGAGAAAUCCUUGAGGGAGACAUUGCCACUCGGAACUAGCUAAGGGCGUGAAUAACAAUCAAACGAUGAAGUUUAUAGUCUUUUUGGGAUUACUUUUUGUCUGUUUCACAUGUCAGUCUUUUGCGCAGGAAGAAGACGAAGAGGAAUUUAGAGGACUAAGGAUCGGCAUAGUGAAAAAGCCUAAAAGAUGUCCUCAAGAAACGAAACACGGCGAUCAUUUAACUGUGAAAUACAACGCUUCUCUUGUAGAUGGAACACUACUUGUCCCACCACGAAACCUGGAGUUCACCAUUGGAGAAGGAUCCAUGAUCCAAGGCUGGGACCAAGGUCUUCUUGACAUGUGUAUUGGAGAGUUGAGAGAACUAAUCACCCCAUCGGGUUACGCUUACGGUGAACUUCCAGUUGGGGAUGCUAUCCCUCCCAAAGCACAUCUUGUAUUCUAUGUUGAAUUGUUGGAAAUAAAAGAUGGCCAGCCGAAACCUGACAUCUUUGGACAAGUUGAUGUUAAUGGUGACGGGCUUAUAUCACACGAUGAGGUUGCACAGUAYCUGCGCAAGGAAUCAAUACCCGACGGCGACGGCGACAAAAGCCACCAGACUGUCAUCAAUGAAAUCUUUAACGAAGAAGAUAAAGACAACGAUGGAUAUAUCUCGCUAUCUGAAUUCCAGGGAUUCAAACAUGAAGAACUCUAAUUAUGUUUUAUUUUACAAGUAUUUGUAGCCAAGAUUUCUCCCCUGUUGCACGAUUUUUCCUCGUACCUUCUGGAAGUCAAAAAUGGAAAAAACACUGAAACACCUAGUACUAGCACAUACACUUUUGUAAAAAAAACUCUUUGUGAAAAUUUGACUAGCUCACCAUAUAUUAGUUAACUUUGACUUAAUAGUUUUUUUCAUUUCUCAACUAUGACUAACAUGAAAGUGAGUGACUCAACUCAACAUUUCCUCCAAAAAUCUUAUUACUAUUAGACGUGUUUUGCCUCAAAUAAUUAAUCAAUAAAAUUAGCUUGCUUAUCAAAUAUAAUAAACUUGACAACAAUGAGA